GACCGCGAGUUUUAGAGGUGAGAUCAAUAUCAUGGUGACUCAGAGACCGCGAGUUUUAGAGGAAGUGGAGAAUAUUCUGCAUCAUGUGGUGCUACGUAACAGAAUCCGACAGGAACUGUCCACCAAACAGCAGGCUCUGGAGGCGUGGUGUCAGAAUCCACUAGGAACUGUCCACCAAACAACAGGCUCUGGAGGCGUGGUGUCAGAAUCCACCAGGAACUGUCCACCAAACAGCAGGCUCUGGAGGCGUGGCGUCAGAAUCCACCAGGAACUGUCCACCAAACAACAGGCUCUGGAGGCGUGGUGUCAGAAUCCACCAGGAACUGUCCACCAAACAACAGGCUCUGGAGGCGUGGUGUCAGAAUCCACCAGGAACUGUCCACCAAACAGCAGGCUCUGGAGGCGUGGUGUCAGAAUCCGCCAGGAACUGUCCACCAAACAACAGGCUCUGGAGGCGUGGUGUCAGAAUCCGCCAGGAACUGUCCACCAAACAGCAGGCUCUGGAGGCGUGGUGUCAGAAUCCACCAGGAACUGUCCACCAAACAGCAGGCUCUGGAGGCGUGGUGUCAGAAUCCACCAGGAACUGUCCACCAAACAGCAGGCUCUGGAGGCGUGGUGUCAGAAUCCACCAGGAACUGUCCACCAAACAGCAGGCUCUGGAGGUGUGGUGUCAGAAUCCACCAGGAACUGUCCACCAAACAACAGGCUCUGGAGGUGUGGUGUCAGAAUCCACCAGGAACUGUCCACCAAACAGCAGGCUCUGGAGGCGUGGUGUCAGAAUCCACCAGGAACUGUCCACCAAACAGCAGGCUCUGGAGGCGUUGUGUCAGGUGAUCGAGGUUCUGCUGACCGCGUGUCCUGA